UUCUUCAUCAAGAUUGUCAGAAUGGCCCUCCCUCCCGUGUCGAGUCUGGCCUUUGGCCUGCUUGCUCUUCUGCUUGUUGUGAAGAAACUCGCUCUCUUCAUCCACAACCGCAAAUUCGCCAGCCAACAUGGCUGCCAACCCGCCUCGAGCGAACGCAACAAAGAUCCCAUCCUGGGCUUCGACCGAGUGCGCGCCAUGCUGAAAGCCUCCAAAGAGCACCGUUUCCUCGACUACUCCCACAACCGCUUCAUGCAGAACGGCUUCACCUAUGAAGCCUUCAUGCUCACCCGCAGAGUCAUCCACACGGCCGAUCCCAAGAACCUGCAGGUCAUCCUGGCCACCAACGCAAAGGACUAUUCCAUCGGCAAGCGCCGCAUGAACUCGUUCCGGCCGCUGCUGGGCCAUGGCAUCUUUGCGGCGGAUGGGAAGCAGUGGGAGAAGUCGCGGGCGCUGCUGCGACCCAGCUUUACGCGGGAUAAUAUUGCCGAUUUGGAUAUUUUCGAGCGGCAUGUGGCGAACCUGGUGAAUUGUGUUCCUGCCGAUGGGGCGACGGUUGAUUUGCAGGAUUUGUUCUUUAGAAUGACCAUUGACUCCGCCACGCAAUUCCUCUUCGGCCACUCGGUCGCCACUCUCCGCUCCGACUCGCCAGCGGAAGCAUACCAGUUCUCCAAAAACUACCACGAAGCCCAAGAUGGCAUGAUCCGAAACGCCCGUCUCGGCCUCCUCAUCCACCUCCAUCCCGCCUACAAACGCAGCUUCAACCGCGCCGUCGCCGGCUCCAGAGGCUACGUGCAGCAGUUUGUCAAGCAGGCCCUGCGAUCGCGUGCAUCGCAGACCAAGGACGAUAAACUGCCCGACUGCUUCCUGUCUCAGCUGGCUGAACUUACCACCGAUGAAACUGAGAUCACCGAUCAGUUGCUGAAUGUGCUGCUGGCCGGUCGUGACACCACGGCCGGUCUGCUGAGUAUCCAGUUCCAUAUUCUGGCUCGUCGGCCGGAUGUCUGGGCCAAGCUCAAGGCGGAGGUUGCCACGCUGGAAGGACGCCGUCCUACAUUCAACGAGCUGAGAGAUUUGAAAUACGUGUCUGCAACUGUCAACGAGACCCUCCGCCUCUACCCCAUCAUCCCCCGCAACGUCCGCACCGCGAUCAAAGACACCGUCCUGCCCACCGGCGGCGGGCCCGACGGCACCUCCCCCGUCUUCGUGGCCAAGGGCCAAAACAUCGGCUUCGACGUCUUCACCCUCCACCGCCGGCACGACAUCUACGGGCCCGACGCGGAAGAGUUCAAACCAGACCGCUGGGAGAACCUGCGGCCCGGGUGGGCGUAUCUCCCGUUCGGGGGUGGGCCGCGCAAAUGCAUUGGGCAGCAGUUUGCGCUGAUCCAGGCGGCGUACACGACGACACGACUGGUGCAGCAGUUUGAGCGGAUCGAGUCGAGGGACAGUCGGCCGCUGCAGGAGUUGUUGACGGUGACGUGUGCGAGUCGGUAUGGGACGCAGGCGGCGUUGUUUAGAUAGACAUGGUUUUAGAUUGCGUAUUGACAUGAAAGACAAUGAAUUGUUAGAUACUCU